CUUCACAAGAGGUCCAUGGCAGACAAAGGCCCGGGGGGCAGCCGGCUCCCGCUCGCGCUGCCCCCGGCCUCCCAGGGCUGCUCGCCGGGCGGCGGCGGCUCCUCGGCGGGGGGCUCAGGCAAUCCCCGGCCCCCACGGAACCUUCAAGGCCUGCUACAGAUGGCCAUAACCGCGGGCUCAGAGGAGCCGGAGCCCCCGCCAGAACCCAUGAGCGAGGAGAGACGCCAGUGGCUGCAGGAAGCCAUGUCGGCUGCCUUCCGGGGCCAGCGAGAGGAGGUGGAGCAGAUGAAGAGCUGCCUCCGGGUGCUGUCCCAGCCCACACCUGCAACUGCUGGCGAAGCCGAGCUGGCCACUGACCAGCAGGAGCGCGAAGGGGCACUAGAGCUGCUGGCAGACCUGUGCGAGAACAUGGACAAUGCAGCAGAUUUCUGCCAGCUGUCAGGCAUGCACCUGCUGGUGGGCCGAUACCUCGAGGCUGGGGCUGCAGGGCUGCGCUGGAGGGCAGCCCAGCUCAUCGGCACAUGCAGUCAGAAUGUUGCAGCCAUCCAGGAGCAGGUGUUGGGUUUGGGUGCCCUGCGCAAGCUGCUUCGACUGCUCGACCGGGACUCCUGCGACACGGUACGCGUCAAGGCCCUCUUCGCCAUCUCCUGCCUCGUCCGAGAGCAAGAGGCUGGGUUGCUGCAGUUCCUCCGCCUGGAUGGGUUCUCCGUGCUGAUGCGGGCCAUGCAGCAGCAAGUGCAGAAGCUCAAGGUCAAGUCGGCAUUCCUGCUGCAGAACCUGCUGGUGGGCCACCCGGAACACAAAGGAACCCUUUGCUCUAUGGGGAUGGUCCAGCAGCUGGUGGCCCUUGUGAGGACAGAACACAGCCCUUUCCAUGAGCAUGUGCUCGGAGCCCUGUGCAGCCUUGUGACGGACUUUCCCCAGGGUGUGCGAGAAUGCCGGGAGCCUGAGCUGGGCCUGGAGGAGCUGCUCCGGCACCGCUGCCAGCUGCUGCAGCAGCAUGAGGAAUACCAGGAGGAGCUGGAGUUCUGUGAAAAGCUGUUACAGACAUGUUUCUCCAGCCCUACGGACGACAGCAUGGAUCGGUGAGAUCAGGUGGCUUCUUGCAUUCUCCGUGGGAACCCAGGCCUCCUGCCUCCCUCCUUCCCAGGCGCCCUCUCCCAAGGGAUUGCCAGGCGUGUUCAGGCCUGGGCCUGGGCUGCCAGCCCAUCUCUGGGCAGCCCCCUGGAGGGGUCGCCGAGAACGGUGCUGGCCCUUUGGAUCCCCUCCCUUGCUUUCUGUCCGUUCCUUCUCGUGUCCACACUGCUCUUCCAAUAAAAGCAUUUCUCCUGUC